AUGGAUUGCAACAAAUUGGCAGAAGAUCGUACCCCUGAGUUAGGAAUGGAGUUCAACAGUGAAGAGGAUGCGUACAAGUUUUACAACAAGUAUGCCUUUAAAAUAGGUUUUAGUGUACGUAAAGACUAUUUGAAUAAAGACAAAGACGGCGUGACCACGUCUAGGAGAUAUAGUUGCUGCAAGGAAAGUGUGAAGCGCAAGUAUGAAGGUGAUAUGAUGCCAAAGAGGACACAAGCGCCGACGAAAACAGGGUGUGGUGCUAAAAUGGUUAUCGUGUUGCUUAGAGGGACAAUGAAGUAUCGUGUGCAUGACCUUGUCUUAGAGCAUAACCAUGAGUUGCACAUUGCUCAAUGUUCGCACAUGAUGCCAUCACAAAGAAAAGUGAGCGAGACUCAAGGAUUUCAAGCUGAAAUAAGCGAGGACGCUGGGCUUUCAUUGAAACAGAGCCAUGAGCUUAUGGGAAAGGAGGAAAGGAGUUUGAAAUAUGGAGAAGCAGGUAGCAUGCUGAAUUAUUUUCAAGAGCAAACACUCGAGAAUCCAUCCUUUUUUCAUGCCGUACAGCUGGACUGUGAAGAGCAGAUAACGAAUAUCUUUUGGGAUGAUGCAGGAAUGUUAAUUGACUACAACUUUUUUGGAGACGUAGUCACAUUCGACACAACCUAUAAAACAAAUAAAGAAUACCGGCCACUUGGAGUGUUUGUGGGUUUUAACCAACAUAGGCAAAUUGUGAUAUUCGAUGCUGCCCUUAUGUAUGAUGAGACUAUAGAUUCUUUCAAAUGGGUGUUUAGUACAUUUCUAGAAGCAAUGUGCGGAAAGCGUCCAAGUACCAAACUAACUGACCAAGAUCACGCCAUAGUAGCCGCUCUUUCAGUUGUAUUGCCUGAAAUAUUUCACGGUCUAUGUACGUUUCACAUAAGGCAUAAUUUUAUGAAAGAUCUUGGCAAUCACUACAAGGAAAAUAGUGACCUUCCAUACAUGUUUGGUGCCUGCAUGUAUGAGAUUGAAGAAGUGGAAUAA